GUGAUUAGUGAUUAAAAUAGUAAUACACCAAAAUGUCCGAGCCAACGGGUGGAGGGGAACCCGAAAUACGGAUGACUCGACUCACAGACAACUAUCUGCAGGAAAUGCAGGAUGAAUUGGAUAAGGCGCCUGAGGGGCCUCACAAGCCAACGAAAGCCGAGAAGAAGGCUGCCAGGAAGGAGGCCAAGAGACAAGAACAGAUGGCCGACAAGAAGCUGAUUAUGCGCGAUGCCCUGAGCCGCGAACUGGAAAUGGGCAAGCGUAUGGAGAAGAGAGGCAACGAGGAGUGGCACGAGAUGUGCAAAGAGAUCAAGAUCACGGAACUCCGUGAGGAGAUCGUGAAUUGGGGCAACAAGGCCGAAAGAAAUAUUGAAGGCAAGAACGAUCACAUCAAGAUGUUGAUCGAGGACAUGACCCAGACACAGGAUCGCCAUAUGCGCUGCUUUAGCAAGACGGUGGAGCUAAUUGAUCACGUCAGAGACUGCUUCCACGGCAUGAUAGAUGGGAUAAGGAACAUGUACGAUCAAGAGGCAGAGAUAAUGCUCAGGGAAUACUACGAUGAGGUCCAGCGCCGCACAGAGGAGGUGGACUUUAUGCACGAGAACAGCGAGAACAUUAUACAUGCCACGAACAUAACCACGCGCGACCAGCUCAAUGAGGACUACCAGAUCUUCUUGGAGCAGCGCGACGAUCGUGUCAAUACAGAGAUCGAAAAUCGGUUCCGCAUACGCGAUCAGGUCGUGCUCCGGAUGACCGAUAUGCAGCAGCAGCUAAACGAUUUUGUGGAGUCGCUUCGGAGCACAGAGCUGGAUGCCCACAAGUACGAGAAGAUCCGUUGGCUAACCGAGCGCCAGGCGGCCUUCAUGGAUGAGUCGCGCAAACUCAACUAUGAGGAAUUAAAGAACAUUAACGCCAUGUCCGAUCUGAACAAGGAAAUGCUGCGAGUCGAGUCGGAAAACAACUCGACUCUAAAUGAUCUUCGCCUGGAGUUUCAGUACUUUACGCGUGUGCGUAAGAAGAUCGAGCAGAAUCAGGAAAUGGAUCGCGUGAUCACCCAUGAGAAGCUGCGUAUACUAACGGGCGAGUGCUACGACAUAAUAAAGCAAUUGGAAAAGCACGUGAAGAGUGGCGAACUGUUGCUGGCUCUGUCGAUCACCUGCCGGAAGCUGCAAACCGAGUCGGAAAAAGUCAUCUUGGGCGGUGAGAUUGUCGAUGAGACGGAUCUGGGGGCUGUCGAUGAGCAGUUCAUUCUGAAAACAUUGAAUAUGAAAGCCCAUGUGGAUAUAACCGAGGCGGAGCUGUUAGAACAGAAUAAAUUGCUGAGGAACUUUUGGCGUCGUCAGGCCAUGGUCGAGGCCCAAAACCUUCUCUUGCUUGAGGAGAAACAUCGUCUGACCGAGCAGAACGAACGCUAUUUAAAUUUCAUCAAGUCUAUGAGCGUCACCGAAAAUCCCGAAGAGCUCCGAUCGGCCGUGAAGGUUAAGAUGUGCGACAAUCAGCCAAUGACGCCGCAUCUGUUCCAGACCAAAUGCAAGGAGUACAAGUCGCGCAUUCUCUGCAAGUCCAAGAUGGCCCACAAAGAGGCCAAGUGGGAUGCGGAGAAAGUACUGCGCCAAGUGAUAGAGAAACAUUAAUCGCACACCGAAUUUCC